UUCUCCACCUCUGACAUGCUCUUCUUUCUGUUCCCCCACACUUCCUUCAACCUGCACCCCAGUAGAAGAGAGAUCUUGAUUGCUAUAUCUUUAGGUUAUUGGUUCCCCCUGAAAGACUCAAAACGCCUGAUCCAGUGGUUAAAAGCAGUUCAGAGGGACAACUGGACUCCUACCAAGUACUCUUUUCUCUGCAGUGAGCACUUCACCAAAGAUAGUUUUUCCAAACGGCUGGAGGAUCAGCACAGGUUACUCAAGCCUACAGCUGUGCCAACCAUCUUCCAGCUCACGGAGAAGAAAGGUGACAACCAGGGCUAUGUCAAAUGUAGAAGAAAAAUAGCAAUCCAGGUACCACUGAGCGAUGGAGAACAAACAAGGCAAGGAGGCUGUGAGGUAGUACAGAGAACCUUAUCUUCCAACCAAGACUUUAUGAUAAUGCAAGAGAUGGAGCAAGUGACUCUGCAAGCUGAAAUUGGGUCAGUGCCUGAGCAGGAAGAGAAUAUUCAGGGCCAGUUGGAAGGGCCUCUGAGAAGGACGUUAGCUGAUAACUUAGUUUCAAAGACAGGAACCCAGAAAAAGCCAGAAAGACUGCCUGAAGAGGAGUGUCCUGAAGCCACCAUCCAUACCGGCAGUUGGAUAACAGAUAGAAGCGGUAUAUCGAUUGAUGACUUCACACCUCCAGUAUCUGGGGCUUGCAAAUUUAUUGGCUCCCUCCACUCUUACAGCUUUUCCUCUAAGCACACCAGGGAGAGACCAUCAUUCCCAAGGGAGCAACUUGAGAGGAAACGGCCAAAGCGAGAUGUGGAGCCAAGCUGCAGUAGCAAUAUCAUGGGGCAUGAUAAGAACUUGGCAGAAAGUUCCCCUAAUUCAUCACUUACAGUGACCCCUCAGAAGCCAUCCCAAAGUCUGUCAGCAUCCCCUGCAGACCUUACCCCACAGCCGGCAACAGAGGCUGUGGUAGGUCAGAAAGGAGACACAGAUGCUAACCCCAUGUCAAUCAAUGAAGUCAUUAUGUCUGCCUCAGGAGCAUGCAAGCUCAUAGACUCCCUCCAUUCAUACUGUUUCUCCUCUAGGCAAAGCAAAAGUCAAGUGUGCUGCCUGCGUGAGCAGGUAGAGAAGAAAAAUGGAGAACUGAAGCUGCUGAGGCAGAGAAUCAGCCGCUCUGACAGUCAGGUCAGAAAGCUGAAAGAGAAGCUUGAUGAACUGAAGAGGAUCAGUUUCCCAUACUUGAAUAGUCUCCUCUCCCAGGACUGUGAGACCCCCCAACUGAAUCCUGUGAUUGAGCCCCUCUCUUGGAUGCUGGGCACCUGGCUUUCAGACCCCCCAGGAGAUGGCACCUUCCCUACAAUGAAGCCAUUUCAGUACCUGGAAGAGGUGCACAUCUCCCAUGUUGGGCAACCAAUGCUAAACUUCUCGUUCAAUGCCUUCCAUCCAGAUACCAGGAAGCCAAUGCAUCGUGAAUGUGGAUUCAUCCGCCUCAAACCUGACACUAACAAGGUGGCCUUCAUCAGUGCCCAGAAUACAGGUCUUGUGGAGGUGGAAGAAGGAGAGGUGAAUGGACAGGAGCUCUCUAUAGCUUCUCACUCUAUAGCCAGGAUCUCCUUCGCCAAGAAGCCCCAUGUGGAGCAGAUUACCAGAAAAUUCAGGCUCAAUUCUGAUGGGAAGCUAGAACAGACUGUCUCCAUGGCAACCACUACACAGCCGAUGACUCAGCACCUUCACAUUACCUACAAAAAGGUGACACCUUAAAUAAGUGGGGAGAGGAGGGUUCCCCUGCGACAUGGGAGGAGCCUGGACAUUGUGCACUGAGAACAGAAGCAGCUCAGGAAAGAAACACAGCAGCUCUCUUGAAUCUGGGUGAUCCACAUUCACUCCUGACUUCAGGAGGGGGAGGGAGGUGACACUGGUGCUGUUGAGAAUGUUACUCAGAUGUUUCUGUAAUGGUAUAUUAAAAAACCAAAUAAAAAGCCUUU